AUGGCGGGCGGCGUCGGCUGCGGCAUCGUCGCGCUGGCCCUGUCCAUCCUCAUCCUCUGCUUCGCGUCGGCGGAGUCCGCCGCCGAGGCGCCCGGCAGCGACGCGGUGGGCGGCAUGGCGCGGACGGAGGCGCAGGUGCGGGCGAUGUACGACCAGUGGAUGGCGCGGCACGGAAAGGCGGCGUCGAACGCGCUCGGCGAGCACGACCGCCGGUUCCGCGCGUUCUGGGACAACCUCCGGUUCGUGGACGCGCACAACGCCCGCGCCGGCGCGCGCGGGUACCGCCUCGGGAUGAACCGCUUCGCCGACCUCACCAACGCCGAGUUCCGCGCCGCGUACCUCAGCGCCGGCGCGCGCAACGCCACCGCCGCCGCCGCCACCACCGGGGAGAGGUACCGCUACGACGGCGUCGAGGCGCUGCCGGAGUUCGUGGACUGGAGGCAGAAGGGCGCCGUCGCUCCCGUCAAGAACCAAGGCCAAUGCGGUAGCUGCUGGGCGUUCUCGGCGGUGGGCGCGGUGGAAGGGAUCAACCAGAUCGUGACCGGCGAGCUGGUGACGCUGUCAGAGCAGGAGCUGGUGGACUGUUCCAAGAACGGGCAGAACGGCGGGUGCAACGGCGGGAUGAUGUACGACGCGUUCGCCUUUAUCGUCGGCAACGGCGGCAUCGACACUGACAAGGACUACCCCUACACCGCCCGGGACGGCAAGUGCGACGUCGCCAAGAGGAGCCGCCACGUCGUGUCCAUCGAUGGCUUCGAGGACGUGCCCCGCAACGACGAGAAGUCGCUGCAGAAGGCCGUCGUGCACCAGCCCGUCACCGUCGCCAUCGAGGCCGGCGGCCGCGAGUUCCAGCUCUACGAGUCGGGCGUGUUCACCGGCAGGUGCGGCACGUCGCUCGACCACGGCGUGGUGGCGGUGGGGUACGGCACGGAGGAAGACGGCGGGCGGGACUACUGGCUGGUGCGCAACUCGUGGGGCGCCGACUGGGGCGAGGGCGGCUACAUCCGGAUGGAGCGCAACGUGGUCGCGCGCGCCGGCAAGUGCGGCAUCGCCAUGGAGGCGUCCUACCCCGUGAAGAGCGGGGCGAACCCGGACCCGUCCCCCUCGCCGCCGACGCCGACGCCGGUGACCUGCGACCGCCACAGCUCGUGCCCGGCGGGGAGCACCUGCUGCUGCACGUACGGCGUCCGGAACGUGUGCUUCGUCUGGGGCUGCUGCCCCGCCGACGGCGCCACCUGCUGCAAGGACCGCGCCACCUGCUGCCCCGCCGAUCACCCCGUCUGCGACGCUCGGACCCGCACCUGCGCCAAGAGCAGGGGCAGCCCGGACACCGUGGAGGCCAUGAUCCGGUUCCCGGCCACGCGACACGUCGGGUCGCUCAUCGCAGAGGAGCUAGUUGAUUCGGUUUUCGCGAUUUAG